UUAGAUGUAUACGAGUUGGAGUUCAGGAUACGACACCGCUAAAAGGAUAAAUUGUUACAUCUGUGGAUUGUUGGAGAAUAUCUAUUUUUGGAUGAAUGAAUACUGCGUGUUUUACCACCUCUCAGCGUACUUCAUGCCUCACGAUGAAUCCGGAUCUAUUCAAACCUUGUCCAGAACAUAGCCAAGUUAUUCUACCUACUAAACCGAACAAGACAAAAUCGGAACAAAUCAAACCAGAUCUCGCCCAGGUGGUGACUGAUUCCAAGACAGGAAAAUCUUACAGCAAAGGAAAGCUUCUGGGAAAGGGUGGCUUUGCACGAUGCUAUGAAAUGACAGACCUUUCCAGCAACAAAAUGUAUGCUGUGAAGGUGAUACCACAGAGCAGGGUGUCAAAACCUCAUCAGAGGGAUAAGAUAACAAAUGAAAUCGAACUUCACAAAACCCUACAUCACAAACAUGUGGUGAAGUUCUCCCAUCACUUCGAAGACCAAGACAACAUCUAUAUUUUCCUUGAGCUCUGCAGUAGAAAGUCCCUGGCACACAUUUGGAAAGCAAGACACACACUGACAGACCCAGAAGUGCGGUACUACCUCCGGCAGAUCAUAUCUGGGCUGAAGUACCUUCACAACAGAGGCAUCCUUCACAGGGAUCUCAAAUUAGGCAAUUUCUUUGUAAAUGAGAACAUGGAGUUGCGUUUGGGAGACUUUGGGCUUGCUGCGAAGUUGGAAACAGUCGAGCAGAGGAAGAAAACAAUCUGUGGAACGCCAAACUACCUUGCCCCCGAGGUGUUGAACAGGCAAGGCCAUGGAACAGAGUCUGACGUCUGGUCACUAGGUUGUGUAAUGUACACACUGAUGUGUGGGAACCCUCCCUUUGAAACCCUUGACCUGAAGGAGACGUACAAGUGUAUCAAGGAGGUAAAAUACAACCUGCCCUCGACCCUGUCUCCUGCAGCUCAGAAGCUCAUCUCUGGCAUUUUGCAGAAGGACCCCAGUGACCGCCUCACACUAGACCAAAUCCUGAACCACCAAUUCUUCACCAAGGCUUUCACCCCGGAUAAACUGCCUCCCAGCAGCUGUGUGACAGUGCCAGAGCUCAACCCGCCCAGCCCUGCCAAGAGGUUUUUCACAAAGAUGGCUAAGAGUCUCUUUGGCAAGAGAAAAUCCAAAGUGGAGAAGAACCACUGUGAAGAGCGAGAGAGCAUCUCUAAACUUGUGUCAGGCAUCGUCAAAUGCUCCAUCAGUCGCCAGAUGAGUUACAAAACAGUUUGCACCGAUGAGGCUCCCCCUCCCACGGUAGGCCAGCAAGUCAGCUCUGGUCUGCUGGACACACCUGAGGAGGAGUCCAGGAAGUCUGCAGCAUCACGCUCCUUUAAAGGCACGGUGGCCAGCAGCACAGAACCGUGUGAAGAUGGCCUUACCCCUGCGUCUAUAGCUGAGUCGGCCAUGAAGGUCCUCAACAGUUGUUUGUCUGCCAUGCCUGCAGCUACAAGAAACCCGCCAUGUCUUUCCAGGCCCAAAUCCUUUAUCUGGGUCACAAAGUGGGUUGAUUAUUCCAACAAAUAUGGCUUUGGCUACCAGCUCUCCAAUCAAAACAUUGGUGUGCUUUUCAAUGAGGGGACACACUUGAGUCUGUGUGAUCAACGCAAGACUGUGCACUACUGCUUGACCAACAACAAACACUUCACCUUCCAGGCCAGUGCUUUACCAGAGCAGCUCUGCAGUCAGAAGCAGAUCGUGGAGCUGAUGGCCAACUACAUGGAACAGAACCUCAUGGAGGGUGGCGAUCUCCACUGUGAAGACCAGCCUCCCUCCCAGCCGCCACUCCUUCUGCAGUGGGUGAAGACCGACCAUGCUCUGGUGAUGCUCUUCAACAACGGUACCCUGCAGGUGAAUUUCUACACCGACCACACCAAGAUCAUCCUGUGCAAGUCCUCCGACUCUUACCUACUGACCUACAUCAGCCGCGAACGUGUCUCCUACACAUACCUCCUGAGCAUGCUGUCAGAAAUGGGCUGUUCUGCCGAGCUGAGGCACCGCAUGCGCUACGUGGUCCAGCUGCUCCAACAUCACGGAGAUUCAUAAUGGACCCACAGCUCAAGUAAGGUGAUGUUGCCCCGAGAUGCUGAUUCCCCCCCCCCACUAAUGGUUAGGAUUGGGGGAGGGGAUGCUGAUCAUGGCUCUGUACCUAGGGAAAACUUCACCCCCCAGGGCCAUGACUCUGGGUGCCAUCCACAAGUCUCAACCAACCUGCUGCUUUCUGCUCCCACUGGGAGCAAAUGACCAGGAGGCUCUGUUCAUUCAGGGAGUCCUCCCCAAUCUUAGGCUAGUGUCUGGCCUCUUUGGGCUAUGGUGCCCUUUGUUUUUGAAUGAACCUAUAUUCUGACUACAGUAUCACACUACUGGCUUGAUUCACUUCAUACACACCAACCUGAUGUUCUCUCAGCUCCUGCUCAGACCUGACCCCCCCCCCCCCCAAAAAAAAAUGUCAAAACUGUGAAGUUGGUCUUCGCUUUUUUUUAUGCUUUGACAUCGCUUGCCUUUUUUAUGAUAAUUACACUUCACUAAUUGGUACACAACAGCAUACGGAGGGCAAUGGGUGUGACAACUUUCACUUUCUUUGGAUUCGCAGUAAUUUUUACCACUUUAGUUUUUAGCUAUAGAUACCAGAAGGUUAUUCUUUUUUUUUAAAACCUUAACUGGGUAAUAUAGCUUUUUAGUGUUCAGUUGAAAAAGGCUGCGCCACAUUGCAUUGUUUGGCAAAGGGGAUAAAGUGCCUUUGAGGGAUGUCUGCCUGUAUUGUGCAAUAACAGCCCUUUUUGAAUGUGGGUGUGGUGGCAUGAGAUGGUCUACGGAGGCAAGUAUUUUUCAAAUGUCUGAAUAGCACUAGUGUCACUACCUGGUAUAAGCUUUUGAUAAAAUGGUAUAUAACCCUGUAAUAUCAGUAUGUAAAAAAAGAAAUAAUAAUUAUUGUUUAUCAUACUGUACCAUCCUUUGGUUUACAUUGCCGUCUCUACCCAGAGUUGGAUCCUUAAACUGUGAUUCCUGAGGGCAAGUAUUAUACAACUUCCAGGUAAUGUCUUGUCAAAUCCAAUGUUUUGAAAGCAUCUGCUUCAGAAUCUUUAUUUUUGUGCACAAUAAUGUCCUGUAUUUAUUUUAUUUAUACAUUUAUUUAUUGUGUAAUUGUAUGGUCUUGACACAUGGGAAAUGUUCAAUAUGAUCACUUUUGUGCUAUAUUGGCGUAAAAUAAAGUUUAUGGAAAUCA